AUGGCAACGCGGAAACGCUCAUCCUCCCAGCAAGAGACCACACUUGGCGACCAUAGCAGCGACGACCGCCAUCAAAGAAAGAAGAUAAAGCCCACAGGACAGUCGUCCAAAUCAAUUGAGCCCAAGACAGACUCAAAUGGCGACCCAUACUGGGAGAUUUCGCGUCAAAGACGCGUAACUGUCUCGUCGUUCAAAGGCAGAACCAUGAUCAAUGUCCGAGAGUACUACGAGAAGGGCGGGCAGGACCUGCCUGGGAAAAAGGGAAUUUCUAUGACUUUGGAACAGUUCAAUGCCCUUGUCGCGUUGUUGCCCAACCUUGAAGAGGUGGUGAAGCAGAAAGGAGGUACAAUCACUAGACCAGAGUACGGUGAUGAGGGCGACAACGAUGCCGACGAGGCUGACCAGGAGAUGGAAGAAGAGGAGGGACAGGCGACAAAAAGAAAUAAAGUCUCGCCAGAGAAGAAUAUUGAAGCCACGAGUGAUGAGAGCGAGGAAGAAGAUUGA